AUGCCUGUGGUCGACCCCCAUCACCAACGAAGUCAAGUUGCGAGUCUACCUAUCCCCAAUUCGCCUUAUCAUGAUGUACGGAUCGCAGACCUGGACAGCACCAUCUACGGUGAUGGAGAGGCUUAUUUGCACGGAAGGAAGCUGCUUAGAGGGCUGCCUGGGGUAUGUCACAGUGAAGAUCUUUACGCGGAAAUCGAUGUGGUGUACCGGUGGAUGACACGUGAAAAAAAAUCAACAUCUUAUACCGCCAUCGAAAGUGGCUACAGCAAAUCGUCUUCGCUUUUUUGGUCAUAUACUGAUGAAACCAGUAGAUCGCUUUGUUCAGUCAUUUCUGUGGAGUUUUCGGGUUCAGGCUGGAAGAGGCCACCCGGCCGAAAACGGAAGUCCUGGGCAGAGGUGGUGAAAGAGGACGUGACGACACUCGGCGUGGAUAGGCAGUUCAGCCGAGGCAUAAGGUUUCACAUGACAUGGAAUAGCGACGAAUGGAUUGAUUCUGUGCAAGCUCUCGCAGAAGAUUGA